UCGUGCUGCGGGGUAGAAGACGUGCGGCGCGCGCGCCCGGUGAUCGUUUACUAGUCACUGAUAUGACUGCACAUUAAGUCCUUAUAGUUUACGUAUUUGUUUUAAUACUUUUUGUAAUAUUUGUUGGUAUAAUGACGCCAACUAACGGAGACACGGCGGCGCCCCGCGUCGUGGUGUUGGACGGGGGCUUCUCGACUCAGCUGUCCUGCCACGUCGGCCACGUGAUAGACGGGGAUCCGCUGUGGAGCGCGCGCUUCCUGCACACACACCCUGCGGAGGUCGUCAACACGCAUCUUGACUUCCUGAGAGCGGGCGCGAAUUUAAUCAUAACAAACACAUACCAGGCAUCGAUCGACGGGUUCGUCCAGCAUCUGAACGUCACGGCAGAACAGGCGCGGGACCUCAUACGUCGCGCCGUCGACUUGGCCAAGCAGGCACGCGACUUGUACUUAGAGGAAUUUGAACCUUAUGAUCAAAGUGAUACGCCACUGAUAGUGGGUUCCGUGGGUCCGUACGGCGCCCACCUGCACGACGGCUCGGAGUACGACGGCAGCUACGCCGACAACACCACAGUUGAAACAAUGCGAGAGUGGCACCGGCCUCGUAUCCAGGCGCUGGUGGAGGCUGGAGUAGACCUUCUGGCGCUGGAGACCAUCCCCUGCCAGGAGGAGGCGGAGAUGCUGUGCGAGCUGCUGAGGGACUACCCCAAUAUCAAAGCCUGGCUCUCCUUCAGCUGCAAAGACAACCAAAGUAUAGCUCACGGAGAGAGUUUUCAAAAGGUCGCCAAGAAAUGCUGGGAGGCGAACCCCGAGCAGCUGGUGGCCGUGGGCGUGAACUGCUGCGCGCCAUCCUUCGUCUCCAACCUGAUGAAGGGGUUCAACGACGACCGGCCCCACGACCCCAUACCGCUCAUCGUCUACCCCAACUCGGGAGAGAAAUAUAAUCCUCAGAUCGGUUGGAUCGACCGCGACAAGUGCGAGCCGGUGGAGGUGUUCAUCCAGGAGUGGCUGGAUCUGGGCGUGCGGUACGUCGGCGGCUGCUGCAGGACCUACGCCGCGGACGUCUCCAGAAUACGCAACCAGGUCAACUGCUGGCGCGACCGCUGGCGCUUCAAACACACCACCAACGCGUAGACAUUCCUGAGCCUGUAGCCAAGAUUUUUUCUUUAUCGCUUCCUUAUAGAAUCGCUGAUCAAAAUGUAUGGAAUUGUCAUAAGCGUUCGUUAAUAUGCAGUUGACGUUCGACUCGUCUAAUGUCAAUUCCAUACAUUAUGAUCGGCGAUUCUAUAAAGAAGCGAUCAAGAAAAGUCUUGGCUAGCGGAUCUGGCUAUUCAUUUCACUGUGAACGUAAACAAAUCAACGAGGAGACGAAUGGCAAAACGAUUCAUAAUGUUGGUCCAUAGACUAAAGACUAGUAUACACAAAAGACUUGUGAAUGUAAUGUGCAAGUUUUUUUUUUUUGUAUGAUGUUGAAAUAAUAAGUACUUAGGUAUAGCAUAUUAUGAAAAAUGUCGUGAAAAAGAUUUGGGUGAAACAUAGGUACCUACCUAGGUUUGUUUACGAUCUCAGUAAAGUAAAUUGACAAGAACUGUAGACUGAAAAAGAUGUGUAGUACAAGACUUUUACACACGCCAUAAAACCCAAAGUAAGUAACAAUGUAGGUAAGAUUGAAAAUAUAUUUUUUGUUAUUUUACUGUAAAUUGUAAUGUUUGAUAAAAUAUUUUACCUAUGUUACCUAUUGUUGCGCACAGAGGCAAAAAUAUUAAUUAUGUUAUUUUUA